AUAAAUAACAACGCAACGACGCAAAAAAUAUAACGACGCAAUAACUAACUAUGUCGUCGUCGCAAGAGAAGCAAAUAAAAUCUUCACGUGCUAGAGCCGAAGCUAAAGCCGAAGCCGAAGCCGAAGUCGAUAAUAAUCCAAGCUUUAGUUCCGAGCUCGAAUUCCUUGAAGAUAAUAACAACAACGAACUCGAGCACUUUGAAAGCAACAACCAAUUUGAGCACCACACAACUUGUGUCUCACCAAACAAUUCUUCCACCGACUUCGUUUUCGACGAUAACACCGAAGACGAAAAGAACGCAAAACAAGUGAUGGACGCUUUCAUGGAGGCUCUCCAAGAAGAGCGAAAGCAAGAACGCGGAGAGCGAGGCCGAUUGUUAAAGCAAGGAGAGCGAGAGCGAGACCGAAUGUUAAAGCAAGGAGACCGAGAGCGAGACCGAUUGUUAAAGCAAGGAGAGCGAGAGCGAGAGCGAGAGCGAGCAAGGACGAGAAGAGCGAAAGCUAUGGUUCUUCAUCGUCUUGCUUUUACUUUUCUUUUUGGGCUGGGAAUAUGUUGGCUACCGUCAUUGAACCUGUCAAGUUCGUAACUUCGUCCCUCGACACAACGUUGCCGGUCCUUUCGACGGUGGUAUUAAAGAUAAUAUCGGGUGGUAGAAGGUAGAACAAGACAAAGCAUAGUAUGGCGUUUGGAAUUCUGAGCAUCGAUGGUGCAUAGAUUUCAGGAGUAUUGCAUUGGUGGCUAGCUGGGUG